UGGGCCCAUCAUGGACCUGCGCUGCGCUGUGCACCGACCCAUGUUGUUGAUGAGCGCCACAAUUAAGCCAAGUUCGCCACGGUCAGAUCUUUUAUUUUAGCCUCGUGGGUUCCCAUGAAAACAUAUCCAUUGAGCCAGUGGCUUAAUUUCAAUGAGCCACUACUCCUGUGAAAUACCUACGUUCCACCUAACAGGCCUUGUCCGUCACUGGCUUUACCCAAUCGCUCCGCAUUAUGAAGCUCAUCCAUAGGAACAUCGAUAAGGAUGGCAAGGGGGAGGUGACCCUUAUGCCAGAUGACCCUGAGGAUAUUUGGCAUGCAUACAACCUCAUCAGUGAAGGAGACAGUGUCAAGGGCUCUACCAUCAGAAAGGUACAAACAGAGACUGCAACAGGGUCCUCCCAAAGCAACCGGAUUCGAACUACACUCACUGUAUGUGUAGUAAGCACUGAUUUUGAUACCCAGGCCUGUGUUCUUCGCCUUAAGGGACGAAACAUUGCUGAAAACCCAUAUGUGAAGAUGGGUGCAUAUCAUACAUUGGACCUGGAACCAAACAGGAAAUUCACACUUGGAAAAGCACACUGGGAUUCAGUGUUUUUGGAACGAGUAGAAAUGGCUUGUGAUCCCACUCAGAAUGCAGAUCUGGCAGCAGUAGUCAUGCAAGAGGGCCUGGCCCAUGUAUGUUUGGUAACAUCCAGUAUGACCUUGGUAAGGGCCAAAAUUGAGAACACUGUCCCUCGAAAACGCAAGGGCAACGCUGCUCAGCACGAAAAGGGGUUGCAUCGGUUUUAUGAGAAUGUCAUGCAGGCCAUCUUGAGACAUGUGAAUUUUGAUGUUGUGAAGUGCGUUCUGGUUGCAAGCCCAGGGUUUGUGAGGGACCAAUUUUUCGAAUUCAUGAUGCAGCAAGCCCUGAAGACAGACAACAAGCAGCUACUUGAAAACAAGAAUAAGUUCCUCCUCCUUCAUUCAUCAAGUGGAUUCAAACAUUCCCUGAGAGAGGUUCUGUCAGAUCCUUCAGUGCAGAGCAAGCUGGCAGAUACAAAAGCAGCUGGAGAGGUGAAAGUAUUGGAUAGUUUUUAUUCCCUUCUUCAGAAUGAGCCUGCAAGAGCCUAUUAUGGGCUCAAGCAUGUGGAGGUAGCUCAUCAGGCACAGGCUGUUGAGACACUCCUUAUCACUGACACACUCUUCAGGUCAAAGGACUUGACAGAAAGGAAACGUUGUGUUGCCCUGGUGGAUGGUGUAAGAGAAUAUGGAGGAACAGUCAAGAUCUUCUCAAGCCUACAUCCUUCUGGAGAACAGCUGGAUCAGUUGACUGGUGUUGCUGCCAUCCUUCGUUACCCGAUGCCAGAGAUCGAAGAAGAGGAUCAUGCAGAUGACUCUGAUUGAUAUUUCUGCAGAACGACUUGUGAGAGAUUGGUGAUCAGAUUAAAGAUUAUUUGGCAUUAUUUUUUAAAGAUGUAUUAAUAAAGAUGUGAUGUGAUACUUCUGUUCCUUGAUGUAUUUGGCUCUAUGACAGAUGAGCAACAAAAUGCUUUGAGAAGGCAGUUGCUGCAGGUAUUGAAAUGCAAAGGAUCAUACAAUUUUCUCCAUUACGUUUGAGUUAAAAUAGCAUUGCUUGCCUUCUCUCUUUGAAGUGAAUCCCCUAUUUGUGAUCCAAGUAUUCCUCAUCUUUAUAUAUUCAAUUUAUUGACACUGCACCACCUGCUAAUUGCAUGUGACACUCCGGAAGAGUUUUGAAAUCGUUGCUUUUUUUUUUACUCACUUCACCAUUUGAGUUAAUUUCUCUGGAGACCA